CUGAGUGAGGACGACAAAAGUGAUAGAGAUUUAUUAUUUUAUAAAACUUAAAAUGUCUACGGAAGAAGAAAAAAGUACCUUCGACGUAAAAGCACAGACUGAGGAUGAAAAUUUACUGAAAAUUCUUUUAAGACGUUUCGAUUUGUUCAAUAUAUUUAAUGAACUAAAAGAUCAUGGCAUAACCUACAGAUCAUUGAAGUACAUUUCUGAUGUGGAUAUCAACCAAGCUAUUUCAAAUAUCGGUUACAGAGCAGAGUUAAGACACAAAUUGACGCAAUGGCAAAAUUAUCUGAAAAGUGCUGAGGGUAUUCAUAAACCAUUUGAACAAGUCAAUAUUCAACCAAAUCUGCCAUUUUUAAAUUCAUUUACACUAAAUUUGAAUUCCAUUAUACAAGAAUUUGAUAUAUUGCAUCCGAAUAAAACAUCCAUUCCAAAAGAAGACUGGGAAGCUUUUAACUGUUAUUUUCAAAGAAAUUGGCCAACAUUUAUCAAGAAAAAUGCAUGGGAUAUUGGUAAGCACUGGCUGGUCACUUAAAGCUCAACUUUAAAACCAAAGAACUCAACCCCUUAGAAACUUUAAAAAGCUCGUCGUUGUUAGCUUUGUAUUGUUGAUAAAGAAACAAUAAACCUGUUUUAAU